CAUAGACGAACGUCCAGUCACACCGUGGAACAAUUUAGAAUGUUGUUUAUACUGUUUAUCGUUUUUAUGUUGAACCAAGUAAGCAUGAUUUUAAUGUCCCGGACUGAAUUUCGUUAAUUUAUGCGUGAGCGUAGCCAUGACGUACUCCCGCUGUUCCCACGGUAUGUCAUGUCUAUCGCGAGAUAUCCUUGGUUUGACGUCAUUUUAGCGGGUAUUUUGUUGGCGGAAAAGGCAGUCGCCCCCGUCGUACGUAUGAAACUUUUAUAUUUCCUGUAUUCACACGCGUUAUGCUUACAUUUUAUAAGUCAACUUAGUCGCUCCAGACUUUCGAAAGUUUAUAAUACAUUUGUGUAUACUCUGGAAAACGCCGCAUUUUACGUCGAACUCAUGAGAUGGAUUCGUCGGUCGUGUGCACGGAAACGUUUGCAACGGACGGCUGUCUCAAGUCUGGAAACAAGAAAAAGAUCUCAAGGGAUGUGGAUUCGGACAUUGGAGCGCUCUACAAGGCGGUUCCUCAGCUUGCCAAGACUUUUCGUAUCAUAGAGAAAAUCGGAGAAGGGACAUUCAGCUCCGUCUACCUUGGUGAGGCUCGGAUGCUGGAUGGUCGCAGAGAGGUAUUUGCCCUCAAGCACCUCAUCCCAACCAGCCAUCCAACUCGCAUCGCCGCCGAGCUCCAAUGUCUCACUGUUGCUGGGGGCAGAGAGAAUGUGAUCGGUGUGGAAUACUGCUUCAGGAAGGAGGAUCAAGUCGUGAUUGUCAUGCCUUAUAUGGAACAUCAAGCAAUCGUGGACAUCAUCGGCUCAUUGAGCUUUGAAGAGGUCCGUCUUUACAUCUAUCACCUGUUGAAGGCACUCAGACACAUCCAUCAAUUUGGUAUAAUCCAUCGAGAUAUCAAACCAAACAACUUCCUCUACAACAGGAAGGCCAAGACUUUUGCCCUGGUGGACUUUGGCCUGGCUCAGGGAACGGCCGACACUCAAAUUGAGCUGCUCAAGGUGGUCAGACACAAAUUGUCAGCACAGAAAGCCGGAGGCUUUAAAGAAAGACGAGACAAAGCGCUACGUAGACCACAGACCACCAACACAGCCCCCAUGUCACUGCCUCCACCACCAUCCACAGCUCACCUACCUUCCUCCACCACCGCUUCGGCUGCUCGGAAAGCGGGGAUCCAAAAAACACGAUCUGUCACGAGCACAGCGGAGGCCUCUACCUCUCACACAAAGCACACAAAGGAUUUAGCCGGUUCACGCAAAGCACCAAGGCCCGUGUUUAGCGAGAAGAACCUGAACAGCUGCGAUUCAGCCGCCACCGAACACGAAACGAAGACACACCUGAUAAAACCCAUGAAAAGAGGGGAGCUCUCCAGUUCAAGGUUCCCUUCGGCCCGAGGGGGACCAGCCAUGGUCAGGAGUCAGAAAGCUCAGAGAGGCGGUCAUCAACCUCUCACUUGUAACUGCUUCCAGACGGACCGCGUCUGCAAUGUUUGCCUGUCAAGGAAGCAGCAGGUGGCUCCCAGGGCAGGAACGCCAGGUUUCCGUGCACCAGAGGUUCUCACCAAGUGCCCGGAUCAAGGGACGGCCAUUGAUGUGUGGUCAGCCGGAGUGAUAUUCCUCUCCCUGCUCAGCGGACGCUACCCGUUCUUCAAAGCCAGCGACGACAUGGUGGCUCUCGCUCAGAUCAUGACGAUACGGGGCUCCAGAGAGACCGUACGAGCAGCCAAGGCGUUCGGCAAGACGGUGCUGUGCAGUCGGGAGCUUCCCCGAAUGGACCUCAGAGUCCUCUGCGAGAUGCUCAGAGGACGCAGGGCGGAUGAAGUCGUCAAGCCGAUCAGUAAAACUAGAUUUGAUUGUAAAGCUCCAGAUCACCAACCUCAAAACCGAGCUUGUGAGACUCCUCCAAUGCUCCCGAAAAGCCAGGACCAAACCCCGAAUGCCUCCCCUCGUCACGACUGCCUGGUCCAAGAUGAACGGGGGUGGGACGCAGUUCCCGAUGAGGCCUACGACCUACUAGACCACUUAUUGGAUCUCAACCCGGCCAGCAGAGUUACAGCAGCACAAGCCCUGGAGCACCCGCUCUUUAAAAACUUGUAAACCCCCCCGCCCCUGCCCCGUCGUUCAAGUUCUAGUACUAUUCACAAAACGUUCAAGCUAUUGGGCUUUGGGGUCACAUUUCAGGAGGAUACCGUUUUCAGGUAAAUUUCACGAGACCAUGUCUAAACCUUAAUGCCUUUCUGUGACUCUUCCAGUACUGCUGUUGAUAAACCCAUCUGAAUGUAUAAAUUCUGAACAUUUUCUCAGAUGAAAGCAGCCACUGAGUUUACAGUGUCAUCCGCAGGUUUCAGCAGAGACUGGAAGCGUUACAGAAAGUCAGAGAGGUGGAGAUUUCUAAUUUUGGUGGCAGCUAUGGUGUAGAAGAAUCAGGCUUUUAGUGGACUUCUCUAAUAAAACAAGAGGAAAAAAACAAUA